UAGACGCAUCAAUGUCUGCACGCUGACGUUCUGAACCGACAAAUGGUGUUGUUGGAAUAAUUUAAUGCUUUGGUUUCACUAGUUGAUAGGUACAGGACACUCUUAGUUAGAAGGUUCAUCCUCACCUUCUAGCCGUCUUCCCUGAAAGUUGAGCGAUGAACAACGCAUUUCUAUGCAAAAUAUGUUUUUCAAAUAUAUUUUCAGUGGAUUUUAGGUCAAUUUGUAAUAUGCAAAAUCUUAUCCUAGCUGUUUUUUCUUGGAAGGAGAAUUUUGAGAACGUGUGACAGUGCGGCCAAUAGGAACAACAGUCUCUCUUGGAUGUCAAGGCUUCCCUUAUAUUCCCUCCCAACCAUUCAUUAUCGAAUUGGACUGUGGAUAUUCCUUUCUGCAAUUGGGCAGGGGUUAUAUGUGAUAGACAACAGGACAGAGUAGUUUCCCUCAACCUCUCAGCAAUGGGUUUACAGGGUUCUAUCUCUUCUAGUCUGGCUAAUCUAUCCUAUAUUGAGACCAUUGAUCUCUCUGCUAACGCCCUUAAUGGCUCUAUACCACCAUUAAUGGGAAGCCUUUCUCAGCUGAAGCAUCUGUCCCUGAGAGGAAAUAGAUUAGGAGGUACCACUCCAUCCUCUUUGGUAAGCCUCUCAGCACUGGUGCACUUGGAUCUGGCGCGCAAUAUGUUAUCGGGGCAGAUACCCAAUCAUAUUGCCAAUCUCACUAAUUUGACCCUUCUUGAUUUGAGUGCAAAUCAUCUGAACGGCACCAUUCCAUCAUUGAAAGGGCUUCAAAAUCUGGAACGGUUGUUUCUCCAAAAAAACCAGUUUGUUGGUGCUAUCCCAGAUGAAUUUGGUCAUCUAGAACAAUUGUAUAUAUUGAAGAUUAGCCAUAACAAACUUUCUGGUAGAAUUCCUCAAUCAAUCUGCAACUUGGGACGGCUAAAAGGGCUCUUUCUUCACCAUAACCACUUGUCAGAUGUGAUACCGGUCAGUUUAGGCUACUGCACAAAAUUGCAAGUUCUGGACUUGUCUCACAAUUCUCUUAUUGGGAGCAUACCACAGGAACUUGGUAAUCUCUUUCGCAUAAAAUUUUAUGUGAACCUGUCAUUCAAUUAUCUACAGGGUGCUCUGCCUCAAGAGAUUGGUAAGCUUGUGAGUGUUCGAGCAAUAGACAUUUCCCACAACAGGUUGAAUGGUGUGAUUCCACAGACCCUUGGAAACUGCACUGCAUUGCAGUAUCUGAACUUAUCAAGAAAUGGCUUAGAAGGUUCAGUUCCCAAUCCACUUGGCAAUCUAAAAAAUCUGAGAUAUUUGGAUCUUUCUUCCAACUUCCUUUCAGGUACAAUGCCUCUGUCUCUCAAAGGCUUGAAAUUCCUUCGUAUCUUAAAUUUCUCAUUCAAUUGUCUAGCAGUAGAUGAGGAUGAAAGAAGAUUUUUUGUAAAUAGUAGUGUAGUUGUAUCCUCCUUCCCUGCAUGUGGAAGGAAAAACAGUUUCAAGGAAACCCGGCUAUCGAGAAAAGUAAUGGGAGAAACAGCCGCUGGGGCAUUUUGUCUUACUGCUUUUAUAUUUAUUUUGGGAUUCGUGUGGACAAAGAAGCUGGAUAUAAGGACCUACCUUUGGACUUUGCAGCAAUUUACAAAUGGAAAAAUCUCCUACAAAGAAAUUAAGCGAGCAACAGCAGGAUUCAGCGACGACAACUUGCUGGGAAGGGGCAAUUUUGGAUCCGUCUAUAAAGGGAUUUUGGAUGAUGGCAGGGAAGUUGCAGUGAAGGUUUUGGAUUCAACCAAAAAGAACGCCCGCAAUAAUUUCACAGCGGAAUGUAAUGCACUGAGACACAUUCGACAUCGAAACGUGGUUAAAAUUAUAACCACAUGUUCCAGUUCCACCGAAACCUUCAUGUGUUUAUUGUUUAGACUCAUGUGUAAUGGAAGCUUAGAAAGUCAUUUGUAUCCCCGAAAUCAUUCUUCUCGUGCAUUGGGACUCGAGGAACGACUAAACAUAGCCUUGGAUAUAGCUCAUGCCAUUGAAUAUCUUCAUCAUCAGUGUGGUCAGCAAAUAGUGCAUUGUGAUAUAAAACCAAGCAACGUGCUUUUAGACGAAGACCUCACGGCCUAUUUGUCAGAUUUUGGAAUAGCCAAAUUAAAGGGCCAAAGUUCCCUCGAACUUGCUAAUUUCAGAGGUUUGAAAGGCACUGUAGGAUAUAUCGCACCAGAGUAUGGGGUGAAUGGAAGGGUUUCUACUCGAGGAGAUGUUUAUAGCUAUGGCAUUUUGUUAUUGGAAAUGCUGACAUCAAAGAAGCCCACUCACCCCAUGUUUCAAGGGAAUUUUACCCUCCGCAAGUGGGUGAGUAAUGCAUUUCAAGAUAGAAUAAUGGAUAUAGUUGACCAGAGGUUGGAUCUCAAUGUCAUGUUUGAUGACAACCGAAAUCUAGUAGUCAAAAAAUUGUUACGCAUUGGUUUGUGGUGUUCGGAAGAUUCACCCCAGGCACGACUCACCAUCACAGAGGCGUUAAGCUUUUUGAAGAUUAUCAAAGAUGAGUGGGAGAUGAGAACAAGUCGCCCUCAACUAGAAAGUUUCCAUGAUUUAUUAGAUAGAUUGGUUCCAUCUAUCUGGUAUGAUGCGCCUGGAAGUUCCAGUGACCUUUCGUCUCCCUAGCUCUGGUUCCUGUUUGGUUUGUAGGGUACUUUGCAACUAUGAUACAAGAGAUUAAAAAAGUUUAUUUUGUAGUGGUCACUAUUUGUGUGUACUUUUGUAAAUAAUAAGGUUUGUUGAUUAAUAU